AAAUGGCAGCGAUGGCAGCAGAACUGUCGACUUUGGUGAGUUCGUUUUUGGAGUCAAAACCCGAAACGUAUGCCCCCUUUUUCUUAGAAUGUGUAGAUUCAAAGCAACACCUCGGUGAAGAGAAAAUUCCGGAUGGCUGGAUUGGGAAGGUCAAUUUCCUUCUAAAUUCAAAGACAGAUAGUUGGUUAGGUAUUUGUCUCCUUGGAAUAACAGUUGAACAGUGUGAUACAGAAACCUUCAGGACAAAUUGUUCAUCCUGGCUAAGAACUAUUCUCAAUAUAAUUCAGGUUCCAGGAAAAUCAAGUGUCAUUCAGUAUUGUAGCAAACUUCUUGAUGAUAUUUUGAGAUAUGCCUCAGAGUUUUCAGAGCUGUCAAGAGAGUUAUCCAGCUCUGUUAUUCCAUCCAUUGUUUCUACAUUGUUGUCUAACAAAUGCUCGGAUGACCCAGCUGUCUUGUCUAUUCUUUCUUCUUGUAUACAACAUUUUCCAGGUCCAGUUGGAUCCUCCAGGAAUCAAAUUGAGAAAUUCCUUUUGCCAUUCUUAAGUUCAGCAUGUGAUGAAACUUUGAAGGCAGCAUGUCAAUGUUAUGCCCUGUUACCAAAGUGCAGUCGUAGUGGAUCCAGUGAGAAGAAACAAGUAUGUGCUUGGGAGGUACAGUGGAAGAAAGUUAUUUGUACAAUUCACAAACUUCUUGAUGCUGCCUAUGGAAGUGUUGAACCUGUUGUCUCCAGACCCACGCAGCAAUCUACCUCUGAAUCGGAAACUCUUCCACUCGCUGACGAACUUCCACUAGUUGAACCUGACCGUACACACAGCCUUGUCACCAGAUGUAACACAUUGCUUUACUGUCUGUCUUCAAUGAUUAGGGAAGAGUAUGUUAAGGUUGUUGCAGUUCCUGUUGAUGCUUCGAUGAAUCUUUUGAUCAGAAUAACAUCAGUGACCAGUAACUCUUUGAGGAAUGCUGUAGUUGUGGAAUCUGUCUUGUUAAGAGCUAGUUUGCCUUUGAUUCAUACAAAUGCCAUAGAUUUGUUAACAAACCUGAUAUCCAGGUGUGGAAGUUUCAUGCUGCCAUUCUCUGACUUGGUAAUGAAGCUUCUGGUACAAGAACUUACUUGGACAAAAUCCCAAAAUCCUACAUUAGGGCAAUGUAGGCCUUACAGGAAGCUGAGGUGUUCUGUUUAUGGCUGUGUUGAGCACUGGAUCCAAGUGACAAAUAGCCUGCCUGAGGAGGGUGGUGUGGUGGCCAAAUUGGUUCAACAUAUACUGGAUGAUAUAAAACCUUUAGCUUCUCAAACAAAGUUGUUACCAAAUGCCAGCUGUGGGACUCAACAAUUAUUGUCCAAAAAGGCAAAGAAAAGAAAAAUUCAAGAUGAUGUUGACCAAUUAUUGACAGGUCAACAAAAGUUUGAUGUAAAUGCCAAUGCGGUGAUUACUUACAGAGCUCUUAAAGCUUUAUGUGCUCUAUUAAUUGCUGGUGGAAGUGACAUUCCUCGUGAGGUGGCUUGGGAAAUUCAAGUUUGUGCUGUGAAGCUAGUCAUCCAGUGUCAGCAGUCCUCAUUCAACUCCUUUCCCAUACCAUUCAGGAAUGCAGAGUGUCGGCAGGGAUUGUACCAUGUUCUACUUUGUUGUCUUCUUACUAAGUCACCCUAUGUUCCGUCACCUGUCAAUCAUGCUGUUAAAUUAUUCAGCUCAGGGCGUCAGGAUAUAGACUUUAAGGUGUCAAGUUUCUGUCAAGAAGCCUUAGCUGUUGCCAAUUCCAUUAUUCAUCCGAGGUCCUUUCCUCAAGGGUGCUCUGCCUCUGGACCAUUAUUGCUUGGCACCCCUGAGAACCCUUCUUCAAAUGGUCUACUGUCUGUGAACCAUGAAAGUGUAUCAGAAUCAUUAUCUUCCUAUAGAGAGAACCAAAUGGCAAUGAGUGAAAAUGUUUUAUCUCGGCAAAGUUUGUUGUUUGAAAGCAACAAUCCUAAUGGCAUUGCUUGCUCACAAACAGAUCAAAUGUCUGUAGAACAUAGGGAUGGGGAUUACAUAGAAACUACUGAAGGAAGCAAGUCUUUCACCAAUGUUGGGAAUACACCAAUGGAGGAGAUUGAACACGAGACAUCUAGAGAACAAACUGAACAGUCUAACACUAGUUGGAAAGAAAUCAACACUCAAAAAGAGAAAUCACACAAUGAAGUAGUGAACCCCGAGAGUGAACUGACUGGAGCUGGGCCUAUUACCUCCAGCUUUAACACAGUGAGCGCACGAUUGUCAUUUCAGAAGAAAUUCAUCAAACAUGCAAAUCAAAUGUCUGCGUCAGAAAGCCUAUCAAGCGAAGCUGUUGUUAAUUCUCCCCAGCAGCUACAAAAAAUGCCUGACUCCAAAAAUACUCUGGGGUUAUCCGAGCCCAAGCAAAGAAGGAUUGAAGAUAAUGAUCCCAAUGCAGGCAAAGAGAAACAAGUUGAGAGCCACAAAGCUACAUCUAAACCUAACAAAGAUCAACUCACAGUAAAUAUCACAGAAAAUGAAAAUGUAACCAAUCAGGACACUGAUAGUGAUGAAACAGCUCAGUUGUUGGCAGCCUUUGUUGACUCAUACCCGGACUCUGAUGAGCCAGAAUUUGGAUGAAGACUUUUAGCACUCCUAUGGGACGUUUUAAGAACCAGAUUUAACCAUUAUGCCUUUACAUCAAUGGCACAAGAGUCAUGAACAAUAUCACCUCAGUGGCAGGGCAAAUCAAUAAACAUUCAGUUCAAUCCUGACAAUGUGCUAAGAAUAAAGAUAAUUAUGUAUUGUACCGAUGAGCUCAUUAUAUGCAUUUGACAAGUCAAUGGCAGUGUGAAAAUAGGUGUUAACACAAAGAACAGUCAAUGAAAACAAAAAAAAUAAACAAGACAAGACAAUGAGCUUACUCUCUUACUAA